AUCUGCCUCUGCGUCAGGUGGUUGGAGAGGAGUGUGUCGCCUUCAUGUUGAACUGGAGGGAGAACGAUUACCUGACUCUGCAGGUGCCGCCAUCUCUGGUCAUGAACAACCCGUAUAUCAAGCUCGGUCAGCUCCUGGCUUCAACAUGCAAAGAGCUCCCCGGUCCCAAAGAGUGCCGGCGCACAGCCAAGGAGCUGUGGGACGUGGUGGUGCAGAUCUGCAGCGUGUCCAUCCAGCACAAGAGGAACAGCGACGGCAGAGUGGGCCUCAUUAAACAGAGGGAGUCCUCCAUGGGCAUCCUGUAUCGGAGCAAAUUCAUCACUUUCAUCAAGAAACUUAGAGAGCCGCUGGUGCUGACAACCCUCAUCUCUCUGUUCGUGAGGCUCCACAGCAUAGUGCGGGAUGAUAUUGUAAAUGAAGUAACAGCAGAGCACCUCUCCAUCUGGCCAUCUACUCUUCCAAACAUACAGGCAGUGGACGUGGAAGCUGUGGCCGUGACGGUCAAAGAGCUGGUGUCCUACGCUCUCACACUGAAUCCUAACAACCAGUCGUGGCUCAUCACGCAGGCAGAUAUCUAUUUCG